AUGUCUGCACCCCACAUCAACCUCCGCCCCCUCAACCGCUGGAGCACCUUUGGCCAACAGACAGAAGCCAUGGCCCGCUUCUCCUCCAACCUCUCAGACCUCCUCAAACCCCGCCCCGCCUCCCCCUCCAUCCCCAAACAGCGCCUCCCCAUAUUCGACCUCCCGCCUCUGCCGCCCAUCCACGACCCGCUAGUGUUGAAAACUGUCUUUACCGACCGGAGCGCGCUGCCGAGGGUGGGGGAUGUGUUUGAUGUGGAGAGGAAGGAGAUGAGGAGGGGGUUUGAGGAUUUGGAGCAUAUUGGGGCGAGCGUCUUGGUCAUGUUUCUUGCGGGGUGGUUGUGUGACGCGAAACCGCGCCUCGACUUCAAGCUGGCCACUAAACUCAAAGAGAACAUUAUAUCCAACGUGACCCUCUCCCACUUGUCUUCAAUCUACGGUCUGCCCGAACGUCUCGAUGCCGACCCCACGCUACUUCCAAGUCUUCAAUCCCGAUGCGACAUUCGCUCCGCCCUCUUUGAAGCCUAUAUCGCCGGCGUCUAUCUCUCUGCAAGCUCUACGGAUGGGACGGGAUCAAAGGGCCCUGCGCUAGUGUGUGAGUGGCUGAAGGGGCUGUUUGGAGUUGUGGCAGAUUGGUAUGAGGAGAGUAUAAAAAGUGGGGAGAAGGUGUAUGUGGAUAUGGCUGAAAAGUGA